UCAUUCGAUCAGUAGGCUUCGCUCGUUCAUUCGUAUAAGUAGUAAACGUGGUUGCAAUUGUAAAUACAGAUUUUUUUUGUUGGCAAAGUUUAUUUUGAAUUUGCGUUCUAUGUUAAUUACGCUAUACGUUUGGUGGCAUAACUUUUUAAUGUAGUGUAACUCGCGCAUUGAUCGAAAAUGGAAAUCACACUGCGUUUGCUUCAGUUUUUUUUGAAAUAUACAUAUGCGGUAGUUUAUGCAUUGUUAAAUUUCUUUCUGCCGCGCAAAGGUCCACCAACGAUUCCGCCGAUACGCAAUCCGCUGAUUACACUGCCUUUGGCCAAUGUGAUCAAGUUGAUGCGGCAACGAAAGUUGAAAUCGGAAGACUUAGUAAAAGCUUAUAUUGACCGUAUUAAAGAAGUGGAUCCGCAUAUUAAUGCAGUGGUGCAGGAUCGUUUUGACGAUGCCUUAGCGGAUGCAAAACGUGCUGAUGGACUCAUAGCCAAAACCUCAGAUGCAAACCUGCCGGCACUCUUCAAUCGCUACACGUUACUGGGCGUUCCAUUCACAGUAAAGGAAGCUUGCGGCUUGAAGGGUAUGCCGUUUCGAGUUGGCAGCCGUAAGCGCGCCCACAUGAUAUGCAUGGAAAAUGGUGAAGUAGUGGGUAAUGUUGUAGCUGCUGGUGGCAUACCAUUGUUGAUUUCCGCAACACCGGAAUACUGCUUCAGUAUUGAAACAAAUCCAGCCCCACCGCAGAAGCCAUGUUUAAAUCCAUAUGAUAGUAGGCGUGCAUCGGGUGGCUCUUCAGGUGGCGAGGGUGCUCUGAAUGGCGCUGGCGCCAGUUUGUUUGGGGUUGGUUCCGAUCUCGGUGGAUCCAUACGUAUUCCAAGUUUAUUUUGCGGCGUGUUUGGGCAUAAGCCUACUGGUGGCGUCACUUCAAUUGUGGGUCACUUUCCAGGCUCUAGCGAAGAAAAUGUCAAACAAUAUCUACAGCUGGGUCCAAUAACACGCUAUGGGCGUGAUUUAGCUUUACUAAUGCAGGUGAUGGCUGGCAGAAAUGCUCAAAAAUUGGAUCUGCUCACGCCGGUAGAGACAAAAGAUAUUAAAAUUUUUUACUCAUUCGGUUUCGAUGGUCCCAACGGUAUUUUGCAUAAAUCGACUGACUUAGAUGUGCAGCUUUCCAUAUUAAAAGCUGUGAAAUAUCUAACGAAUCACGGUUGUAAAACCGAAUUAACAUCAAUGAAGAUUUUUGAAAACUCAAUGGAAAUAUCAUUCGGUGAAAUAGCGAUGAUAAAAAAGUUUCCCUUCUUGAUCAAUAGCACAAAUCCGCAUAAAGUCAGAGAACACAUUUUUGAAUUGUGUAAAUCUCUUGUUGGUAGAUCAGAAUACACAAAAGAGGCAAUAAUGAUUGAUUUACUACGUUAUACCAACGGAUUUAUGCCAGCAGCUAAUCUAGCGAAAUACAAAGAAAAAAAACAAACUUUAAUUACCAAAUUAUCUGAAAUGUUGGGUAAUGAUGGCGUUCUUUUACUUCCCACAUUCCCAACACCGGCUAUUCAUCGUAACACGUCAGGCUUGGCAUUGUGGAAUAUAGAUUAUUGCAUGCUUUUCAAUAUUAUUGGAUUUCCCAGUACGCAUGUACCCAUGGGCCUUGACCAGAAUGAUCUACCAGUAGGAUUUCAAGUAGUUGCCGCACCAUACAGAGAUAAGCUUUGUUUCCAAAUUGCUAGUGAACUGGAGGCCUCAUUAAAUGGUUGGAUUGUUCCAACCCCCAAUGACUUACAACCGUUGAAUGAGUCAAUUUUAUUCUUAUAAAAACAAUAUUUUACUAACUUUUUAACACUUAACCUUGCUCUGGUUUUAAAUAAAUAUAUGAAAAAUAAAUGUAUAAAUUCGUGAACAUUCCAAAA